UCUUCCAGCUCCUCCUCUCAUUCCGGGGUGUGCUCCUCCUGGGGAAACCUCCUGCCCCCCCUCACCUGCCGCAGCCGAGCUCUUGCAGCAGAACAGCCGUCCUUACACCCAGGUCUUGGGGGCCUCAGCUCUCUCUGUGUUGGGGGACCAGCUCCCCACUGCAGCAGCCAUGCCGAGGUCCCGGCCUUGUCAGUCAUUUCCUUUUGUCACUGGCUUGGCAAACAGGAGCGAAAAGGAAGCUUCAUGGAAACAGCAAGCAACAGUUGGUCCCGCUCGCCAUUCCCCAAACUGAAACUGGGCCUGGGCUCUCGACGAGCCUCGGCGCCUCGAGAGCUGCCCGCCUGUUCCAUCUGCCUGGAAGCUGGCCGCGGGAGCCCAUCUGCUGACUGUGGCCACGACUUCUGCCAACGCUGCUUCAGCACCCACCGCGUCCCGGGGUGCGUGGGGCCCUGCUGCCCUGAGUGUCGACAGAGGGUGUGCGGGCGGCGGAAAGGACUUCGCAGCUUGGGGGAGAAGAUGCUGGCCUCUUGUCUCACAGGCCGCACUCCCGCUCGGCUGAAGCCCCUGCUGCUGGUCCGGAUCAAUGCCUCGGGGGGCCUCAUCCUGAGGAUGGGGGCCAUCAAUCGCUGCCUGAAGCACCCCUUGGCUAGGGACCACCCCGUCUGUCUCCUGGCUGUGCUAGGGGAGCAGCAGUCCAGGAAGAACUUCCUCCUCCAGCACUUGCUUCAGGGCCUGCAGGGUCUGGAGUGUGGCGAGGGUGGCUGGCCCAGAGGUGGAGUCUCCCUGCCUGGGGUCAGGUGGGGUGCCAGCAGCCUCAGCAGGGGUAUCUGGAUGUGGAGCCAGCCCUUUCUGCUGGGAAAAGAGGGGCGUAAGGUGGCCGUCUUCCUGGUGGAUAUGGGGGAUGCCAUGAGUCCAGAACUGAGUAGGGAGACCAAGACCAAGCUCUGUGCUCUCACUAUGAUGCUGAGCUCUUACCAGAUCCUCAGUACCUCGCAGGAGCCGAAGGAGGCAGACCUAGAGUAUCUGGAGAUGUCCAUCCACACAGCUGAGGUGAUGGGCAAGCAUUAUGGGCUGGUGCCAAUUCAGCACUUGGACCUCUUAGUUCCAGGCUCCUCCACUCUCUGCAAGACAGGGCGGGGCCAUGUGGGCGACAUCAUGAGGAGAUGCUCCAGCAAGUACCCUAGGGUUCAGGAGCUGCUCCGUGGGAAGCGAGCACGCUGCUGCUUUCUGCCUGCUCCAGGGCGCUGGGCGAGCCCGGGGGACACAGAUGACGAAUCCCACAGUCUCCGCGCCUACGUGGCUGAGGUGCUGAGUGCAGCCCCUCAGCAUGCCAAGAGCCGCUGCCAGGGGUACUGGAGCCAGGGGCGGCCUGUGGCCCGGGGGGACAGACGCCUGCUCACAGGGCAACAGCUUGCACAGGAGAUCAAGAACCUGUCAGGCUGGAUGGGGAGGACUGGACCUUCCUGCGCCUCUCCGGAUGAGAUGGCCAUGCAGCUGCACGACCUGAGGACGGUGGAAGCUGCCAAGAAGGAGUUUGAGGAGUUCGUGUGGCAGCAGGACCUGGCCACGAAGCGCAUCUUCUCGGCACUGCGUGUCCUGCCCGACGCCAUGCGGACCCUGCUCUGCACCCAGAAGGAUGCGGUGCUGGCUCGCCACGGUGCCGCCCUGCUGUGCCCGGGGCCCGAGCGGGAGCGGACCUUAGCGGCCUUGGAGGCCGAACUGCAGGCCGAGGCCAAGCUCUUCAUGGACUCCUACACGAUGCGCUUCUGUGGCCACCUGGCUGCCGUGGGGGGUGCCGUGGGCGCUGGGCUCAUGGGGCUGGCGGGGGGCGUGGUGGGAGCCGGCAUGGCUGCAGCCGCGCUGGCCGCCGAGGCGGGGAUGGUGGCUGCAGGCGCUGCGGUGGGGGCCACGGGUGCGGCCGUGGUUGGGGGAGGCGUGGGCGCCGGGCUGGCGGCUACUGUGGGCUGCAUGGAGAAGGAGGAGGAGGAGAGGGGCCAGGAAGGAGACCGCGAGCCCCUUCUCCAGGAGGAGUAGCCAGGCUGCUUUAGGGAGGGAAGGAAGGAAGGAAGGCAGCAGGGGAAGGGUCUGGGGGCGUUGCUCCUGUGCACUUCAGGCCCGG